AUGUAUGCAUUUAACUUACCAACAGAUGAAUGUGUAUGCGCUAUGUUGCUAUUAUGGCUAUCUAUCUGUAAACUAAAAUUGCUCUCUAAGUACUUGAUAUUAAUGAAGUCUGCUUCAAAUAAAGCCAAACUUCCAUUUGAACAUUUGAAAGCUUCAACUGACGCUGUAUUUAGAAUACGGGUUCAAGUAAAAGCUUCCGGCAAUACUGCUUUGUAUUCAGGACCAGAGCUUAUUAGAAUGUGGACUUCACCACUGAAUACUUCCCAACCAUUAAUAAGGCAUGUACUAAACCUUAUUACCGGUCAGCAUUUAGCCAUUGAUUACAAAUUCCAAUUCAAAUGA